CAGGGAGCUACGCGAACUGUUGGAAUCAGUAACGAGUAGUCGGGAAUGCCAGGCGGGAUAGUAGGAGAGGCAGACGGUGAUAAUCAGCAUAGAGGAGAGGGAAAAUUCCGUAAUGCCUAGAUUGUACGUCAUAUUUGCCGAUGUCUGCGCAUGUGCAUUCCCCUGGAUAGAGGCUAGCAGAGUACUGCUAGUAUCCAGUACAGGUGCGUUGAACUGGUUGGUUUGGUGUUGUAGUAUCAUUCUGAAGAAAAAUUAUUAAUAUGACCUACUGUUGAAACAGAAUUUGGCAUGUGGUUACAGUAAUUAUGAUAUUAAUAUGAAACAUUUUGAAACAGUCUAAAUAAUUACGUUCAUGUUGAUCGCACCGUUGUGUACUACCAACAUUUAACCCGGGCUAUCCGAAAUUGUUGUUUAAUGAAAAUAUAUGGAAUAUUAACAAUAAUUGCACAAUAAAAUUGCUGUGAUAGUGUCAGAAUACAUCCCUUUUAGACGUAUAGCUUGAAGUGAUGUAAAAAGAGAUGAAGUGUUGGCAUUCACGUACUUUGAUAUCGCACUUAGCAGGUUGAGAAUUUUCACAGCGGUCGAACGGUAGGUGAACGUACGUAGUAAACAGGCAUGCAGAACACUGAAGGUAUGGACUCUCAUGAACCUGUUACAUGCUCUGAUAAUUUAAUAUCAAACCUUGAAUGCUUAUCUUCUCAAGAAAUAAUUACAUCUAGUAAAGAGUCAGGAGCCAAAAUUGCAGAAGCAGAUGAUCAUGACACUGAACUUCAAGGUAUUUCAAAAAAAGAAAGGGAACAGGGUGGAUGUCAUUCAAGUAAUGUGGACUCCAGACAAGUGACACAUAGUUCAACAUUAGAGUCUUUGAAAGCUAAAGUUCUUUCAAAUCGUUCUAAACAGACAUUGAGGUCUAUAGGAAAACAUGUGUCUGAUUCAUGUUCAAGUGCUAAUGAGACUAUAAAGAAUGAUGGUAAUGAAGAUUUCCUCCCAAGUCUGACAAAUCUAGCAGACAUCUCACAGCUAGAAGAGGACUCAAUAGUUGAAAGCUCUUUAUGUGAGACAUCAGGUGGUGUUGAAAGCCAGGAGGAGAUACUUGAAUCAAAUGACCGUUCAGAUGGCAGCGAUUCAGGUCUGGGCUCGGACCUGGCAGAAGAGAGGGGUGCUCCAGUAGAUUCACUGUCAUCUGGUUCGGCAGAUGAGUCUGGUAGUACAGCAGUAGGUGGCCAGGCUGAUAUCGAAGAGGGCGCAGCCAGCAGUGGUAGCGAUAGUGAAGUUCAUUUCCUAGACAGGAUUCAAGAUAAUCUACCUGAAUCCAGCAAGGAUCUUGGAAGAUCUGUAAAUACACUUGAAAUACAAACAAAUGUACUUGAAACAAAUUCAGAUGUAGUUGAGACUCUGGGUGGUAAUCAUCAAAUUACAUCAGAUCAUGUACUGAGUAACUAUGAACAUUCAGACUUUGCAGCAGUCAGUCUGAAGAAAAAGUCUGUUCAAGGAGAAGUGUCAGAAAGUUACUUUGAAUUACCAGGCAUCAGCUCCUCCGAACCAUCAGACAUACAGCAAGUUGCCAUGGGUUUAAGCUAUUCAUCCUCACAGUCACACUCUUCAGUAGAGGAAGAUGCAGAUUUAGGAUCAAUCCUGGAUGGAACGCCUGCAUCUCACAGAUCGAUUCCAAUGCAGAGUAAUCUGAAACGUCACCUCCCAUUUGAUGAUCAAGAUGGUCCUCAGUCCAAGAGAAAGAAAUCCAUCAAUUUUGAUAAGGUGACAGUGUUCUACUUUCCACGUGCUCAGGGCUUCACAUGUGUUCCAUCACAGGGUGGUUCCACAUUGGGCAUGGCAUCUCAACAUGCUCAUGUUCAGCAGUUCUCUAUAUCAGAACAUGCCGUCGAGCAGCGACGACUCCAUCGACAGGUGUUGCUACAGUUGCGCAGCGAACGGCUUAAUGCCCAAGGUGCUCCUGCAUCAUCAAGUGAUGACUCUGAGAGUGAGGAAGAGCAGAGUGAUGCUUCUGAGUCAGAACUCGACCUUGACAGCUAUUAUUUCCUGCAGCCUGUUCCGACUCGGCAACGACGGGCUCUGUUACGUGCUGCUGGUGUGAGGAAAAUAGACUCUCUUGAGAAAGAUGAAUGCAGAGAUAUCCGAUCUUCACGAGAGUUCUGUGGCUGUGGUUGUAAAGGUUACUGUGAUCCUGACACAUGUUCUUGCUCACAGGCUGGUAUAAAAUGCCAGGUAGAUCGCCUGAAUUUUCCUUGUGGAUGUACCCGCGAUGGCUGUGCUAACUCAAGUGGCCGCAUCGAGUUCAAUCCUGUUAGAGUCCGCACCCACUUCAUCCACACAUUAAUGAGGCUAGAGCUUGAAAAGAAACAGAAACUAGAGGAGGGAGAGGAAGAAGGUGGAAGAAAUGUGUCAGCCAAACAGGAUCAAAAUUCAAACAGACAUCUUCAUUGGGAUGAGAAAGACAGACUGUCCGGCCCAUCAACAUCAUCGUACCAUGAGCAAGGGAAAGGUGCCAUAGACAGCUUGGCAGUGGUACCAAAGUUUAAUGGCAGUCUUCUGCGAGAUGUAAGUCUUGGUUCUGGCAUUGAAGUUGAGUCUUGUGUCCAUGCUGGCAGCUUUACAAAUCUCCACUAUGGCAGUUCAGAUGGGCCUGAUGUUGCAGUCAGUGGUUCAGAUAUGCCAGGUGGAAAUACAGCUGGUUUCUCAGGGAUGGUAGGAGAUCUACCUGCUCGUGAAGAUUCGUUGGAUCUCUACGCUUUCAGAGAUGAAUGCUAUUCAGAGGAAAACAGCAACGAAUUAUCAGCUGACCAGCUGGAGAGUAACAGCAAUGUAGAUCAUAACCACUUCUCUGGACACCAUCCUAGUACCUCUAUACAGCAAGGGAGAAAGGGCCAUUUGAAUGAACAUCAAGAAUUUAGCAUGACUCCUGGUUUUCAUUUCAGUCAACCAUCUAAUGUAGGUGGGAGGCCAUUUACCAGUUCCUCUACCGGACUUUUGGCUGGACCAGGAUUCCCUGACACUAAUACCUCUAGCUAUCAGCAACAGACCACUCCAUCUGCAGCUGCUACCAGUGUAACAUAUGGAGAUGAGACCAGUUCUAAGUAUCAGUAUUCUUCUGGAUUCUCUACUUUUUCCAAUCCCCAUCCUGUUCCAACAACGGAAAACUUUGGACAUUACAGUGGAGUGUAUGGUCAUGAGUUCACAAGCAAGGUCACAGGUGAAGGAUUAGGGGGUGACAGUAUGUUAAAUAACCCUGGUCAGGGUAGAGAAUUCCAUCAAAGGCCACAGCCAUUAUUGGGUACUGGGAGCAAUUCUUAUGAAGGUUUUUCUAUGAUAGGAGAUCCAAGGGAGAACUAUGGUGGCCAGGAUCCCAUUGGGAAGUCUGUCAUUAGCACCAGUAUUGUACACAGUCACUACACCAACCUUCACCCAGUGUGCCCCAUGAGUAAUAAGUUGGAACCCUUUUCUGAGCUUCUACAUGGAAGGUAUUCAUAUAUGGCGACUGCUCGAACAUCUGGUCCUAGUGCUGCGUUUGACGACUCUUCCUCCACCAUACAUGGUCCAUCUGCCACAUACAGUAGCAGUGAAGCUUCAACAGAGCAGUUAACAGCGAGUGAUGGUGAUUCUGAAUUAAGGCAGGACAGUAUAAAUGUGGAAGGGAGCAAAAGUCAGACUGGUGAAAAUGAAAAUAAUUCCAGUUCUGCUUCUUCAGGUGGCACAGAUGAUUGUGAUGAAAACUUCGGUGAAAUAAUUAAGAAAACCAUGGUAGAAACUGUAUCUGCAUAAUAUUUCUACGUUCCAGCCGAGAUCUUUAUAAUUGAAAAAAAAUUUAGAGUCCUGUAGUUAUUAUACAACUUUUGUUUUAAUAAAUGUUGUGAAAAGUAACACUCCAUUUUCUUCAAGUAAGCUACAUA